AUGAAGAAAACAAGCUCAAACCCUAGCUCCAUUGAAGCCCGUUUGGCUUUCAACUUUCUCCGGGCCAUAAAGAAAAUCACGAGCAGCCCACGAAAACCGUCCUCGGCCCACAAAGCCAAGAGGCCCAGUGAAAUACGGGCCGCGGCCUAUGCAUCCAUGGCUUCCGUGGCCGGCCCGAAUAAGGCCUGGAGUCGAGCCCUUCUCAGGAAUAUCAAGAACCGCCGGAGGCAACGGGCCCAACGUGAUCCGGCCCGAAACAAUGGUGGGCCCGAAAAGGAUCUCCGGGAGCUAGUCCCAGGUGGCAAAUCCCUGGACAUGGCAAAGCUGUUGAAUGAAACGGGCCACUAUAUAAAGUGCCUUCGGGCCCAAGUGGAGGUCAUGAGAAAGAUUGUUGAUUAUUCUUCUUCUUCUUCUUCAAAAUGA